AUGACAACUGUAAAUGAAACUAUGUCAGUUGUGGAAGAAAUAAAUGUUACCGAACAGACGAAUCUCCAAGAAGAUUCAGAACGUCUAUCAAGAAAUGCGGAAAGUUUAGAGACUGUUAAUGAUAGCAUUGCUAAUCACACUACAGCAGUAUCAAAUGGAGAACUUAACUUUACUUCAACAGCUUGGGAUAUUGCACCAUUGAUGAAUGUAUCCGAGAUAAAAACAUUGAUGGAUCAUCAUGAAACUAUAAUUGUACUACCACGGGAGGAGACAACAUUGGAGCAAUUGUUAUCGACAUUGUCUUCAACAACUUCAACAGUUCAACAAUCGGCCAGUAUUCGAGGCGGAACAAGUGUCAAUUGUAUAGAAACUGCUACGACUUGCAUGAACCAAAAAUAUGGAAUAGUUUAA